GCUCGUCCCCGCCGCGGCCGCGCCGCCCGCAGCCGCCGCAGCCGCUGCUCCUCCCCGGCGGCCGCCCCCCGCGGGUCCCUCCCUGGCUGCGGGAGACGCGGAGGUAGAGGGAGGACGCCGCCGCCCGCACCCGCGCCCGCACCCUUCGCCUCGCCCUGCCCCGCCGGUCCUCACUCUGUGGGAGGACCAUGGAUAAUCUCAGUGACACCUUAAAGAAACUGAAGAUCACAGCUGCUGACAGGACAGAAGAUUGUUUAGAAGGAUGCUUGGAUUGUCUGCUUCAAGCCUUGGCUCAAAAUAACACAGAAACAAGUGAAAAAAUACAAGGAAGUGGAAUACUUCAGUUGUUUGCAAAUCUGUUGACGCCACAGUCUUCCUGCACAGCCAAAGUAGCCAACAUCAUAGCAGAAGUAGCCAAAAAUGAAUUUAUGCGAGUUCCCUGUGUCGAUGCCGGGUUGAUUUCACCACUGGUACAGCUGUUACAUAGCAAAGACCAGGAAGUGCUGCUUCAAACGGGCAGGGCGCUAGGAAACAUUUGCUAUGAUAACCAUGAGGGCAGAAGUGCAGUUGACCAAGCAGGUGGUGCACAGAUUGUAAUUGACCAUUUAAGGUCGCUGUGCAGUGUAACAGAUCCCGCCAAUGAGAAGCUCUUGACUGUCUUUUGUGGCAUGCUGAUGAACUAUAGCAAUGAGAAUGAUUCCCUGCAAGCUCAGCUAAUCAAUAUGGGUGUUAUCCCAACCUUAGUGAAAUUACUGGGCAUCCACUGCCAUAAUGCAGCUCUUACGGAAAUGUGUCUUGUCGCAUUUGGGAAUUUAGCAGAACUUGAGUCGAGUAAAGAACAGUUUGCUAGUACAAACAUUGCUGAAGAGCUGGUAAAACUAUUCAAGAAACAAAUAGAACAUGAUAAAAGAGAAAUGAUUUUUGAAGUUCUAGCUCCACUGGCAGAAAAUGAUGCUAUUAAACUGCAGCUGGUUGAAGCGGGUUUGGUAGAGUGUCUGCUAGAGAUCGUUCAACAGAAGGUGGAUUGUGACAAAGAGGAUGGCAUUGCUGAGCUGAAGACUGCUUCAGAUCUUAUGGUUUUACUACUUCUCGGAGAUGAAUCCAUGCAGAAGCUUUUUGAAGGAGGAAAGGGCAGUGUGUUCCAAAGAGUGCUUUCUUGGAUCCCAUCGAAUAACCAUCAGCUACAGCUUGCUGGGGCAUUAGCAAUUGCGAAUUUUGCCAGGAAUGAUGGAAACUGUAUUCAUAUGGUAGACAAUGGAAUUGUAGAAAAGCUCAUGGAUUUGCUGGACAGACACGUAGAAGAUGGGAACGUGACCGUACAACAUGCAGCACUGAGUGCCCUCAGGAAUCUAGCCAUUCCAGUUGUAAAUAAAGCAAAGAUGUUAUCAGCUGGGGUUACAGAGACAGUAUUGAAAUUCCUUAAAUCUGAAAUGCCCCCAGUCCAGUUCAAACUCCUGGGAACACUAAGAAUGUUAAUAGAUGCACAAGCAGAAGCUGCUGAACAACUGGGAAAGAACGUUAAAUUGGUAGAGCGUUUGGUUGAGUGGUGCGAAGCCAAAGAUCAUGCUGGUGUGAUGGGGGAGUCAAACAGGCUGCUCUCUGCCCUCAUACGACACAGUAAAUCAAAAGAUGUAAUUAAAACCAUUGUACAGAGUGGUGGCAUCAAGCAUCUAGUUACCAUGGCAACUAGUGAACAUGUAAUAAUGCAGAAUGAAGCUCUUGUUGCUUUGGCACUAAUAGCAGCUUUGGAAUUGGGCUCUGCUGAGAAAGACCUCGAAAGUGCCAAGCUUGUACAGACGCUACACCGACUCCUGGCAGAUGAGAGAAGUGCCCCAGAGAUCAAGUAUAACUCCAUGGUCCUCCUCUGUGCUCUCACAGGGUCCGAAUCUCUAUACAAGGAAGUGCAGGAUUUGGCCUUUCUAGAUGUUGUCUCCAAACUUCGAAGUCAUGAGAACAAAAGCGUUGCCCAACAGGCCUCUCUCACAGAGCAGAGACUUACGGUGGAAAGCUGAGCCCUGCCGCUCCUGGCAUAAGGCAUCGCCCCGGCUGACCACCCACUGUUCUUCAUGCAGCUGCUUCCUCAGCUCCAUCCUCCGCUACAUCAUGUGUGCAUGCGUGUAAGGUUCCAGUACCAACUGAAGAACUCUGUAGGUACCUGCCUAAUAAGAUUUCUCUUCACCCAUAGUUAAUGUGAACACAACUGUCCAAACAAAUCUCCACCCAUAACUGUUAUCCUGUAUCCCUGACGCUUGAGCUACAGUAAGUAGAAUGUGCAUGUUGUAGCCCUGUGAUGAUGUAAACUUGGUACUACAUGCUGACUUGCUCUUCACCUGCAGUAAGCUACAUAACAAUGUACUGGUAAAUUAGAAACAAAGAAUGCAGCAGGAUCUGUCUAGCUUAUUUAAAGAUGAAACUGAACAGUAAAAGUAGCACCAUAUUUUUGGGUGCUUAGGAAGCACACUGAUCAAAAAGCUGUAUGACCGCUCACUCAUUAUUAGUCUCCUACUAAUAAUGUCAGGCCUGGAGGUGAAUAGAUCCAGU